GUAUUGUCGUCAAUGCUCGGAUAUAGGUUAUCGAAUUUUGUGAGUUCGAACCCGGCUGUUAAUGUGUUUGAUUUAUCAAUUGUUUCCGUUCUAAUAUCAUUAGAGAUGUUCUGCAUCAAUUUUUUCCCGUCACUUGCCGAAGUUGGGCGCUUAGAUACUCCAAAGAUAAAAGGAGAGUAUGAUACUGGUCAGUUGUUUCUCCAUCGAGUUUUCGGUUACAGAGGAGUGAUUCUGUUUCCAUGGCUUGCUAGAGUUUAUGACCGAGAUGUGCCUUCAAAGAAGGAUAGCUCGGAUGAUGGAACCCCAACCAGUCAUGUAGGCAAAGAAGUCAAAGGAAGAACACACACGUUUUAUCAAGUUCUCAUUGAUUCAAGGGAUUGUCCAUUUAUUCGAGCUCAAACCGAGGCUGUAACAUUUUUAGGAUCACAAGAAUCAAGUAGGAGUUUAUAUGCUAUUCCUGGCCUUGAUUAUGUCGCACAUGAAGAUAUUCUGCCCUACUCAACCACAGAGAAGCAACCAUUACAGCAUGAGCUUUUCGACAAGUUUUUGGCCUAUUAUCCAGAGCGAGAUCCUCCAUUUGGGGCUCAAGAAACUUUGAGGGCAUGGCAGAAGAAAAAUCACCCUUGGCUGGAACUGUCAGAUGUCCACAAGGAAACAACAGAAAAUAUUAGAGUAACAGUUAUACCUUUUUAUAUGGGCUGUCGUGAGUCCCAAACAGCAUCAGUAUUUUGGUGGAGGUAUUGCAUACGCUUAGAAAAUCUAGGAGAGCUGACUGUGCAGCUGCGGGAACGGCAUUGGCGGAUAUUUAGUCUUUCAGGAACCUUAGAAACUGUUCGGGGUCGUGGGGUGGUGGGUCAGGAACCCAUUCUGUCUAAGGCAUUACCAGCCUUUCAGUACAGCAGCCAUGUCAGUUUGCAGGCACCAAGUGGGCAUAUGUGGGGAACAUUCAGAAUGGAACGUGAAGAUGGAUACACAUUUGACUGCCGUAUCCCACCUUUCUCGUUGGAGAGCAAAAAUGAAGAUGGCUCAUCACCUUCUAACCCUUCAUGAUUUCCUUAAUUUAAAGCUAAGCUUCUACUAGGCUGAAAGAUUAUUUUUCUUGGGAUUUACCUCUUUUCUUAGUAUUAAUUUUUUGGUGAUAAUGAAGGCUUAGUACAAAAUUUUGAAUGAACUUAAGAUUGCCUUGUUGUAUGAGACAAUCUCCAGGUACCAUGAAUGAAUAUAUGAAUAUGAUGUGUAUAUAGGCAA